ACUACUACUCGCAGUUUUCUCACUCUAUCUUUCUUGCGCGCGUAUAAUCGACAGAUCUUCGGAAAGCACUCGACUUGUUUACCGUUUAUGUCGUAACAUUCGUCUAUUUCUAUCGUGAGACAACGAUUUUAUUUUCACGAAUAACACUCGACGACGCGCGACACGUAAAUAUUAUUUAAACCUAAGAAAGAAUCGCUCUUCUUUAAGAUUAAUUAUAGUCGACGAUAGAGCAGAAUACAAUAACACGAUUAUUAUGUUAUGAUCUCAUUGGUCAACGCUUCGGUUAUAUAAAGCUUCUUAUUGGUUGACAUAGCUGCUAAACUUAUUUUCUUCGUUCGUAGAAUUUAUGCGAUAGUAGAUUUAUUUUGUAAAUAUAAACAAAUCGAUUGACUUUAGAUUUCACUUGUUACAAAACUGUAGCAUGAUGUAACGCCAAAUGAAAUAUAAAUAAUUAGUAUUGCAUGUACAGAUCGUCCUUGCAGUAACUACACGGCCUUAUUCUCGACAUCUGAUUGGUCGAUGAGAGUAUCGAAGGUUACUUAAAUAAUUGCUUCGAUAGCCGAUAAAUUUUAAUGUCAUAACGUAACGAUAUCAAAUACCUUUUUAUCUUUAUCCGUUAACUUCAAAAAACUAUAUCAUCCUUCUAUCUUAAACUUAUAUUUUCUCAUAAUAAAAUAAAUUAUUCGAACGACAAUUGCGCCGCCAUUUUUCGAUUGUCAACUUCAAGAUGGCUGCAGUGUGACCACACAAGUAACUCGUGUUGCGGUAUUCUCGUGGACGUUCUUUCGUUUGUGUCGUUUUUAAAAGUGAUUUUUUUGACUUUUAUACUCGAACGAUAUUCCUCGACGGGGGAACAUUUCUGUUCGCGAUUGAGUCUACCAAGAAAACGGUUAAAUUAAGUAAAAUGGGUCGUUCGAGGUCUAGAACGAAAUCGCCGAGUAGAAGGCGUCACAAGAGCAAACAUUCUCGCAAACGGUCCAAGUCUCGCGAAAAACAUUCCAAUAACAAAUAUUCGGAUAAGCCGAAAGAACGCUCUUCUAAAUCAAGGAAAAGAUCUCACUCAGCAUCAUCGAGUACAGGAUCUGAUGCAUCUGACGAUGUACAUAUAGUUAGUCAUAAAAAACGAUCGUAUAGAGACAGAGAAAGGAAAAUGGACGAAGUCGAAAGGCUAGCAGAAAUGGAGAGGCAAAGGAAAAAGAAAGAAUUAAUGAACAAAACCCUCAUCACGAAUGCGGUUGGACGGCAACGUGAAGUGGAGCAAAAGAUGGUUGAAGAAGAAGCAGCCAAACGUAUAGAGGAAUUAGUACAGAAGAGGGUCGAGGAAGAACUUGAAAAACGUAAAGAAGAAAUUGAAGCGGAGGUACAGAGACGAGUAGAGGAAGCAAAAAGGGCGAUGGAGCGUCAAAUGAUGGAGGAGAUGGAAUGGAGACAAGCAAAACUGCGUGAGGAGGAGAAACGAAGAGAGGAGGAAGAGCGGAAGAAGCGCGAGGAACUAGAGAGGAUCAUGGAGGAAAACAACAGAAAAAUUGAAGAAGCACAGAAGAAACUUGCUGAGGAGAGAUUGGCAAUGGUCGAAGAACAACGUCUUAUGGAAGAAGAAAGACAGAGAAUGAGAAAAGAACAUGAAAAACGUGUUAAGGAGGAGCAGAAAAAGAUCCUAGGCAAGAACAACUCGAGGCCUAAAUUGUCGUUUACGCUAAAACCAGUUACGUGAGUUUGUAUUAUACCGUGCAGAUAUAUAUGUGAUAUUCACAUAUUCUUGUCGGUUUUGAAAUUAGUUCAUAACCAACAAGAAUACUCGUUUGCUGCGCAUAUAAAAAUAUUUCAGUCAAUGCAGCAACAAAUGCCCAAAGCUUGUGUGAAUUUAUUCACUGUGAUUGUUGAAAUCUGCGAAGCAUUGAAAUGUCAUUUGAUUAUGACUUUAAUUGGUAUGUCAAAAUCGAAUGAUAGAUUUCAUGCUUGAAAGGUUUCAUUACGAUCAUAACUGGGACUUAACUUUUUUUCAAGCUACACUUACAUCAAAAUUCAUUGAAUUUUAUGUCAACGAAAUUCCUUUAUUCUUCAAUAUUAUUGUGUGUGAUAUAAUAAAUUGCUUGCAGACGUAUCCGACGGCUGUUCAGCAAAUUAGUUAAUUCUAUAUUUGGUGUAAGUGCGGUUUAAAUAUAUGUGUUCCCAAUUCACAAAUACAAUUUUAAAUAGUAUGGAUUUUCUCUUAUUGUAUUAUAACAGGAAAUAAAAUGAUUUUAUUUCAGUUAGAAUAUAUUACGAAUAUUAUGUUAGGGUAUAUUUGUACUUUCUAUAGAAGCAGAAGAUUUAUCUCACACAGUAAAUAUAACAAUAUGGAACUGCAAACUGAUUAAAGCUAUUCCGUUAUUAAAGUUGAAUGUUAUUUAUCGGUUGUAUGAAACAACAUGCACACAGAUUUCCUUAAUAUUUGCAAUACGCGGUAUUGCACAAUUUAACAAUUCUAGUUAUAAUCGAAAAUUUUCAUAAGGGACAUCUGUUAUUGUGUUGCAAAAAUUUUACGUUAUUUUAAUCGAAGAAAAAAAAGAGAGAGAGAGAGAGAGAAAGAAAAAAGAAAAGAAAGAGAAAAAAAAGAAAGAAAAGAAAAAGAAAAAACCGGGGAAGUGAAUAGAUGAUCUAAGAUUGAGAGUGGAUUUUGUACGUAUCGAAAUAUAAGUACAGACGUGAGAAGAAUGUCCUCUACUUAAUCGUCUAUAGAUAUGUAUUUAAAAGAAGAAAGAAAAGAAA